AAUGCACAAAAUAACCGUUACCGCAUCUAAUCUGGCGGUGAUGUCAAUUUCUGAGCAUAAGCACCGCAUGUCUGCAACAUCAAAAGCACCAAAACCAGCUUUGGUGAUUGGAAUUGGAUGUCGAAGUAACCCCACAAGCCUGGCAACUCCUUGCCAUCUUUUUAUCUUAAGCCCUUUACUUGUCCGAGUUUGGGCUUUUAUAGGUCUCACUACUUCCAUCAUCACCAGAAUGCUGCCGUAAGCUACUCAAUUCGUCGAACGUUUGGGCAAAAGCACGUUGGGGUUGUCUUACGGGCUGAGCCGGAGAUGCGUAGUACCACUACUAGAGCAGGUGGGGUUUUGUUGCCCAUCAUCAAGUUCUCUUUGUCUGCUGGAGAUUCGUCAUGUAAAAAGCAAUUGCAGGUUUGCCUUAAUUUCAAUUUCUUUACAUUUUUAGUUUGAAUUUGGCGGUCGGAAAUAUUAAUUUUAUACCGUUUGAAUCUGCCUUAAUUCAAUUUUCCAGAAAAUAGCUCACCAUAAAUUUUUUUCUUUCUUCUUCUUCCUCCUGACAACUUACUGAGAACAUGCAGGCUGCGAUCAUCAUAUGCGUUUUGUCAAUGGUGGGUGGGUGGUAGAAUAAGUAAUAUUAAUGACCAUAGAUUAAAAAUUAAUCAAACAAAAAACAGUAAUAGAUUAUCCCAACUUCUAAUUUACUAAGAACUGAACCCAGAUGAUAGAUGCUAUAAAGAUAGUAGUAACAAGUCUUUGGUAAAAAUACGGUAAAUCAUGUUAAUAUCCCAUUGCCAUCAACAUCAAUUAGGGUAUUGCUGUGAAGCCUAAUUAAAACUUCUGCUUUGCGUGUCACUGCAACCUGAUUUCAUCUUUGGAAUCUUAUCCUCUAACCUUAUUUAGACUUUUCAAGAGCUAACGUUUUAUGCUUGGCAGUAGAAAACCACAUCAAUAUAGCAAUAUAUUACUCCAGUGAAAGCAGUAUCUUCUCUCUGAAGUCAAUUAUACGUUGAGAGUACCUAAAUAACAAAUACAGAUAGAGGGUAACAUCAUCAUCAUCAACAUCAUCCUGUUACAUUUGUAAGAAAGAAGCAACAGCGAUGGAUCGUCCGAGCUCUGAAAAAGUCAUGGAGCUUUGCCUCCUCAAAACAUUACGUGGGAAAGCCCCCACAAAAUAAAAGAAAACAUAAGUUGAUUCAGUCAAUGCAAGGUCAGAGUUGUAGCCCCAUCCAUGACAAACAUGUGGCAAACUUAGAAGACGCUUAAACAGUAAACUUACCACAAGCAAGUCCGGUGGUCACAUGUGAGAUCACCCUCUUAGUAGACUAACCGAACAAUGAAUGGUUUAAUCUUAAUUGGAAACAUGAAUAAAAUGAUUUAUCCUAUCAUAGAUAUCCUUGUCCUAUCAAAGAUAUCUCUCUUACGAUUCCAUAAUGAAGUGGGAACCCUUCAAGAACAGUAAGCCUAAACUCUGUUAACAUUCUUCCAGCCCUCAACCUUCAAACUCUCUUCAUAGUUAUUCUCCAUAAUCUCCAACUCUCAGCCUCGACUGGUGAAUCAACCUCCUCAGCAACCAUUCUCUUUCCUCUAUACUUUUAUAUUGUUAAGCCCUGUAGCAACAUUAACUAAAUAAUAAUAGAUACCAUACCUUCAUCAGUACACAGUAAAAAAACAGUAACAGCUCCUUCAUGGGCAUCCCAACUAUGUCUUUGGUUUUCAUUUUGUUGGCUGUCAUGCUUCAGCAGAUGAUACAGGGAUCUCAAGAACCAGCAUGCCAUAUGAAUGACUUAACGGCCCUCAAGGGUUUCGCCAAAUGUUUAGAACCGGAUAUUGGCGGGUGGAACUGGAGCAGCUCCAAUUGCUGCUCAUUUACAGGCAUCACUUGUGACAAUUCCUCUGAUAUAUAUGGAAGAUUGGUCGGGUUAGAGCUUGGGAACAAAAGACUCACAGGCACAAUAUGUGAGAGCUUGGUUGGAUUGGAGCAACUCAGAAUCCUGAACCUCUCGCUUAAUUCUCUCCAUGGUAAAAUUCCUGCCAACUUGUCAUUUUCGAACCUAGAAGUCCUUGACUUGAGUAACAAUUAUCUCGUCGGUCCACUUCCUUCUGCAAUUCAUUUACCAUCAAUUAAGUACUUGGAUCUCUCAAAGAAUUAUUUCUCUAGCUUCAUUAGCAUGCGAUUCUGCACAAGUUCAUCUCAUAUCCAAUAUCUUGAUCUUGCACAUAACUUCUUCGGAGAAGGUUUGAUAUAUUUGGAGAAUUGCACUUCAUUGCAGUAUGUUUUCCUUAAUGGAAAUGGUCUGUCAGACUUUCCUGAGAAUUUGUUCCUACAACAUCUCCGAGUUCUGCACCUUCAACAAAAUCAGUUUUCUGGGCCUCUGAGUUACGGAAUUGGGAACCUUUCUAACCUUGUUGAAAUGGAUAUCUCCUUGAAUGACUUUAGUGGAAGUCUUCCAGACGUUUUUGGGAGACUGAGAAAGCUAGAAUCCUUCUCUGCCAGCUCAAAUAGAUUAACUGGAUUAUUGCCUGCUUCAUUGGUGAAUUCGACUUCACUUUUGAGGAUUGAUCUGCACAACAACAGUCUUGACGGUCCGAUCAGAAUAAAAAUAAAUUGUUCUGCAAUGGCCCAAGUCACCUCACUUCGUCUCGCUUCUAACAAUUUCCAGGGGCCAGUUCCUGCUAGUCUAUCCUCUUGCCAGAGCUUGAGAGCUCUGGAUCUUGCACGCAACAAACUCGAUAGUGUAGUUCCAUUCGAGUUUAGAAAUCUGCACGCACUGGAAUUCCUCUCGCUUGGAAAGACCAGCAUCAAUAAUAUAUCCACAGCACUUGAGAUACUGCAACACUGCAAAAAUUUGACUAUAUUGGUCCUUCGUUUGAACUUUUACCAGGAAGAAAUGCCUAGCAAUGUGAAUCUGCAAUUCACAAGUCUUAAGGCACUUAUUAUUACAUUUUGUCACCUGAGAGGUUCUCUUCCAAUUUGGUUGAAUGGAUGUUCUAAAAUGUUGCAAUUGCUGGAUCUGUCAUGGAAUUCAUUGGGAGGUUCCCUUCCUUCUUGGAUUGGCAAGUUCGAAUAUCUCUUUUACUUGGACUUGUCUAACAAUUCCUUUUCCGGGGAGAUACCGGAAAGUUUAACCGGACUAGAAAACCUUGUCCACAAAACUGCUCUACUGAAAGAAUCAUCUGAACACUUCACACUGGUAAAAAGGAAAGAGCAAGGUAGGCCACGUUUGGCAUACAAUAAUUUAAGGAGCUUCCCGCCGAGUAUUGAUUUAAGUCAUAACAUGUUUAGUGGACCAAUCUGGCCAAGUUUUGGGAACUUGAAGAACCUUCAUGAUUUGUGUUUGGAAGAGAACAACCUUUCAGGAAGCAUUCCAGAGAGUAUAUCAGGGAUGACAAGCUUGGAAGUAUUGGAUUUGUCUCGUAACAAUCUCUCUGGCGAAAUACCUCAUUCUCUAGCACGUCUCAGCUUUUUAUCUGUAUUCAACGUAUCAUACAAUAGGCUUUACGGGGAUACACCCUCAGGAGGUCAAUUCAUGACAUUUCCUGAAUCAAGCUUUGACGGGAACCAGGCUCUUUGCCCUAGACUACUGGCACCAUGUCAAAGAAAACAGAUUCCUCCACUUGUGUCCCCUGGUAAAAAGAUGAAGAUUGUGGAUUGGAACUUUGGAAUUGGAGCUGCAACUGGUUUUCUUCUCACUGUCUUCUUUUGCUUCAAAUCAGGCUGGGUUUUUCCUAAAGGAAGGGUAUGCAGAUACUGA